UAAGUGCUCAGUUGUGAAAAGUUUGUUUAGCUACAGAAGUGUCCGUUUUCUAGUUGUAUUUAUUUUUAGUAAAUUAUAGAAAUGUGCAAAAUUUAAAAUAUGUCAACAAAUGUGAAUCCCUGUGGAGUGGCCGGACCUGCAGAAAAGGAAGUCCUCUCUGCUGUUGGGCCCACUGAGAAGGAGGGGAACCUGACUGGUGUUAGGCCCGUUGAGAAGGUCCUUGCUGCAUUUAUAUGUGGUAUGGAUGUCGGCGGCUCUCCAUUUUUUGAAAAGAUUCCAGAUUAUUGGGGGCCCAAGAGGCAUUAAGGAGGUCCUUACUGUCUUACGUCCACCCUUGGAUGCUUGGUAUGUAUGCCUGAGAAGGAGAUCCUUACGGAUGUUGGGCCCACUGAGAUGGACCCUACAGGUGCUGGAUCCGCUGAGAGGGCGGGAAUGAAUGCAGGAAAACUCGCAGAGCCGGUUGGAAUACUGAUUGGUGCAUUUCUCUAUAUCAUUGACGGCCAAAAAACCUUUGGUGCCUUCUGCUUGGGCACUUCUCUUGGCUGGUCGGGACCCGUGGGGACCUCCGUACUCGCGGGUGAAGCAUUUGAGUUUGUGCCCACCCUGGAUGAAUGGAGUUGGGCUGCCUCGCUGUUUACUCUGGGCGCCGCGUGCAUGUGCAUACCCGUUGGAAUAUUGACAUUUAGAUUUGGACGAAAAUUGAUUAUGCUGUUACUGAUGUUGCCCUGUCUAUUGGGCUGGGUCUGUAUCAUUGGAGCACAGCGUCCGUUCAUGCUAUUAAUUGGACGUUUUCUAUUGGGCACUUCCAUUGGCACCUUCUGCCUAACGGUGCCCAUAUACACGACAGAGAUAGCACAGAUCGAGACACGCGGCGUAUUGGGUUGUUUUUUUCAGCUAAUGUUUGCGAAUGGGAUACUCUUUAGCUUCGUGGUUGGCAGUUUAUGCAAGGUACUAUUACUAAACAUACUGUGCGGCAUUUUUCCGGCCAUAUUUUUUGUGGUAUUCAUGUGGAUGCCCGAAUCGCCGGUAUUUCUGGUGCAGAAGGGUAAAACGGAGCAGGCAGAAAAAUCAUUGAAAUGGCUGCGUGGAAAGGAUGCGGAUAUUGGCGCCGAUAUGGCUGCAAUGGAGGCCGAUAGUAAAAAGGAGAAGACCAAUAUUUGGAAAUCAUUGUCGCGCAAGGUCACCAUCAAGGGCUUAUGCAUAACAGUUACGCUGUUGUUUUUCCAACAAUUCACGGGCAUUAAUGGCAUUUGUUUUUAUGUGGGCACUAUUUUCGAGGAGGCCGGGACUGGCUUGUCACCGGCGAUCUCUACCAUCAUAAUUGGCGUGUUCGGAGUUGUUGCAUUGAUACCGGCUAUCCUAUUUAUCGAUAUGGCUGGGCGACGCAUAUUCCUGAUUGUAUCCGGCGUAUUAAUGUUCCUCAGCAGCUUCGUAAUGGGCGCCUACUUUAAGUGGCUAAUGGAGAAGAAGGUCGGCUGGCUGCCCAUGGUCGCUAUUUGUGUAUUCGUCUUUGGGCUCUCGAUGGGCUUCGGCCCAGUGCCGUGGCUAAUAAUGGCCGAGAUGUUUGCGGAGGAUAUCAAGCCCAUUUGUGGCGCCAUCGUGGCCACCUGUAGUUGGCUAUUUGCCUUUUGUGUCACCAAAGUAUUUCCAAUAUGCCUGAGAGACAUCGGUCCGGCAACGACAUUUUGGGGAUUUACUGUCAUUGCACUCUUAGCGGUUAUUUUCGUCAUCUUCGUUCUGCCGGAGACGAAGGGCAAGAGCUUGGAUGAAAUCCAACAGGUGCUCAAAGGCAAAUGAGCGAGGCAAUAUCUGGCCGGUCUCUCGGCAACCUUCGGUGGCUUUUGCUUGGGCACCUCGGAGGGCUGGUCGGGUCCUGUCCAGCAUUCGAUCCAGGCUGGCACCGCAUACAAAUUUACGGCCACCCUAGAUGAUUUCGCCUGGACCGCCUCGCUGUUAUAUCUGGGUGCCGCCAGCAUGUGUGUGCCCUCCGGAGUGCUGAUAGCUGCAUUUGGACGCAAAUUGGUUAUGCUGCUGCUGGCCGUACCAUUUUUUCUAGGAUGGGCAUGCAUUUUAUUUGCCCAACAUGUGUGUAUGCUGUUCAUCGGACGCUUCGUUUUGGGUGCCUGCAGCGGUGCAUAUAGCGUCGCCGCGCCCAUUUACACAACGGAGAUAGCCGAGGUGAAGACCCGCGGCAUUAUGGGAUUCUUUUUCCAAUUGAUGAUCGUUAACGGUACACUCUAUAGCUUCAUAGCCGGUAGUUAUUGUUCAGUAGAGACCUUUAACAUAUUGUGCAGUGUCAUGACAAUCGUUAUAUUUGUGCUAUUGAUCUGGGUACCGGAAUCGCCCGUAUAUCUGGUGCAGAAGCACCAACCCGAUAAGGCGGAGAGGGUCCUCAGGGGACUGCGUGGCGCCGAUGCGGAUCUUAGCGGUGAAAUGGCCAUCUUAAUCGCAGAUGCCCAAAAGAAAAAGGCCACCUGGGGCCAGGCAUUCUCGCGCAAGACCACAAUCAAGGGCAUCUUCAUAUCCGUAAUGCUGAUGGUGUUCCAGGAGUGUACCGGCAUCUGUGCCAUCACCUUCUAUGUGGCCAGUAUAUUCGAGGAAGCCGGCACUGGGAUUCCAACGGGAGUCUGCACCAUAAUCAUUGGCGUCGUUAGCGUUAUUUCAACGAUUCCGGCCACGAUGUAUAUCGAUCGACUUGGACGCAAAAUGCUGCUAAUAUUCUCUGGUGUCUUGAUGGGCAUUACAACCCUUGUGUUGGGCUUCUAUUAUAUGGGCAUGAAGGACUUGAAUGUCGGCUGGGUGGCUGUGACAUCCGUUUGCGUAUACGAGGUUGGCUACUCUGUGGGCUAUGGCCCGGUGCCGUGGCUGGUUAUGGCUGAGUUGUUUGCGGAGGAUGUCAAGCCCAUUUGUGGCGCCAUCGUGGCCACCUCUACUUGGUUAUUUGCUUUUGUUGUCACCAAAUUAUUUCCAGUGUGCGUGCUAGAGUUCGGCUCGGCGAUCACGUUUUGGGGAUUCGCUGUUAUUUCAUUUGCAUCGUGUAUUUUUGUCAUUUUCUGUGUGCCGGAGACAAAGGGCAAGAGCUUAGAUGAAAUCCAACAGUUGCUCAAAGGCAAAUAAACAAGGAAUAUUUUAUAUGACAGUUGAAUACAGAAAGGUACUUGAAGCUAUAUUUGGUACGGUCUAUCCAGCAUUCUUUGGUGGCCUUUGUUUGGAAAUCACGGCAGGAUGAAGCACCUGGUCGUUCGAUCUUGGCGCCUCUGCCUUGUGUAUGCCUCUGGAGUAUACAUUGCUAUUCAUUGGACGAACGUGGACUAGCUGGGCGAGGAAUAUGGCCAUUAUAUUGAACUGGGACGCUCUACUACCCCUAUUGGAAUAUUCCCUUCCAAUCACACAAAAUUAAAUAACAACACUUAGUUUUA